AGAACUGACUACUUCUAUUCUAAUGUGGCGUUCAUGCCUUCAUUCCCUCAUAGAUUUUUCAGACAUUACUGGGCAUCCAGGCACCAUCGGGUACAAGAAAUAGAAUGCUGACUAAGACAUUGUCUUUGUCCUCAGAACUCUGAGGACAGUAAAUUUGUUCCAAAGAGCCAAAGGAGGUGACAUUGAAAAUGUGAAUAAAAUGAAAAAACUUGGAAGAUUAUACCUGGAAGGGGACUAGAUUUGCUGCCAUUAGAUAAAAUUCAAAUGGAGGAAAAAAUUACUGUUAGAAUGAUUGGAUUUAAUGUGGAAGAGUAAAUUAAACUAUUGCUAAAAAUUCCGUUUUGGGGAAGUGGGAACACUGGAGAAAAGUCGGCUUUUAAGCAUCCUACCUUUUUGCUCACUAAUGCUUGAACUAUUCAGUACAGGGAAAGAAGCAGACGGCUGUGAAUCCACUUGGCUAACUUUAUGGCGCUCCUGCUUGGGCAAGGCGCUGUGCAGACUACGCGCUGGGACAGGGCAAUUUGCCUUUCAGAAGCUUAUGGUAGAGUUGGAUAUACUGGUGGGAAGUGGACAUGGUGGUGAAUGAGGACAACUGCACAAAAACCCAGAAUGUGAGGUAGGAGACAGAAAGGGCCCUCAGAGACACGUGAAGUAAGGCAGCUGGAGCUUGGGUAGGGGAAAGAAUUCCUUGCUUGGCUGGUCCGAUCAGCUGCAAGCCAAGGAAUGCCUGGGAGCACAAGAAGCUGGAGGCGGGAGAAAGGACUCUUCCCGAAGCCUUCCAAGGGAGUGUGGCGCUGCCAGUGUGGUGACUGUAGGUCUUUAGCUGCCAGAACUGCAAGAGAACACGUUGUUUUAAGCCACCAAUUUUAUGGUAAAUGUCAGCCACUCUAGGAAAUAGAGUACUUUGAGUUAUUUAGGGCAACUUACUUAGCUUCUAUAAGCCUCAAUUUCUUCAUCUGAAAAACAAGGAUAUAAGCCAUCUCAAAGCAUUAUCAUGAGGAUUAAAGUGCUUAAUUUAUUGUCUAUCCAAGAGAUGGGCUGUGAGUAAACCCAAAGACCAGAUGGAGUGCAGUCGUAGAACGCAUGUUUCCAGGCUCAGUAUGACUUGGUUCAGGAGGCAGUGCAUGUGCUUGAAUAUUUCCAAACAGGGGUGUGAUGGAUCAGUGGAGCUGCUUCUGGACACUGUCCAGAGAGAACUGACCUGACUGAAGCCAGAAGGCAUGGGACCCCCUCCAGGAGACCAGUGAGGAAGGGCCAGCACCUCGCCUAGAGUCCUGAGUAAUGGCUGCAGGCAGAGGAAGGAAGUCAUUUGUCGGGAGACAUCCGCUCAGAAAGUCCAUUGGUGUGUGGGUUGGGCCUACUGAGUGCACAGAACUGGAAGUGGUCAAGGUUUUGGACAAGGAGUGCAAUGAGGCCCGCUGCCUCCCACAGCCUGAGAGCAGUGCACAUGACAGAGGGAAAAGGGUAGCACAGCCGGUCAGGCCCAAGGGUUAGGGCAGGCCCUGGUUACAGGAUCACUCUGGAAUGAGGGUGUGGACUUGGGACUGCCUGGAAAAUAGCCACAGAGCAACAGACCCUAAACCACCACGAAUUGUCGAGUAACUCCUGAGGGAAUAUGGCAGUAAAUACUGGACUUGCUUUCCUCAGAAUGUGGCUAGGGAAAAAUGCACGCAAACCAGAGACCUGAGCUUUUUAGCCAAGGAGUGCUGCCAUGUGUGUGCAUGUGAAUGUGUGUGUGCAUGUGUGUGUGUCCAGAGGUGUGUGUCAGGAAGUGGGUAGAGUUGGGGAUGAGAGGCCUCACAGGUAAAGGAGAAGUAGGCAGAGCACUACAGCGAAAAUAGCGAACGGGCUCUCAUCCUGCUGCACUUCUUCGGUUAUUCCAAAACAGGGCUGCUGCCCGUGGUCUUACUUCAGCAUCUGCCAAGGAACCUGAGUAGUUAAGAGGUGCAGGCCCUUUCUGAGACUGAAGAUGGGUUGUAAUUUAAGUUUGCUGGGACUAUGCUCAAGAGUUUGAAUAAAGAAAACGACAGUGAUGCAAACCCAGCUGCACUGCUUAUGUGUCCUUAUACUUUAUUUGACAACUGGAUAUGGCCAAGAAGGGAGGUUUAGUGGACCCCUGAAGCCCAUGACAUUUUCUAUUUUUGAAGGCCAAGAAUCGAGUCAAAUCAUAUUCCAGUUUAAGGCCAAUCCUCCUGCUGUGAAUUUCAAACUAACUGGAGAGACAGAUGACAUAUUUCAGAUACAACCAGAUGGACUUCUGUAUCACAACAGAGCCCUUGACAGGGAAACAAGAGCUGUUCACCAACUACAGGUCGCAGCCCUGGAUGCUCAUGGAGCUACAGUGGAGGGCCCAGUCCCCAUCAUCAUAGAAGUGAAGGACAUCAAUGACAAUAGACCCGUGUUUCUUCAGCCGAAGUAUGAAGGCUCAGUAAGGCAGAACUCUCGCCCAGGAAAGCCCUUCAUGUACGUCAAUGCUACAGAUUUGGAUGAUCCAUCUACUCCAAAUGGUCAGCUUUUUUACCAAAUUGUCAUCCAGCUUCCCAAGGUCAACAAUGUCAUGUACUUUCAGAUCAACAACAAAACAGGGGCAAUUUCACUCACCCGAGAAGGAUCUCUGGAAUUGGAUCCCGUUAAGAAUCCUUCCUACAAUCUGGUGGUCUCUGUGAAGGACAUGGGAGGCCAGAAUGAGAAUUCCUUCAGUGUCAGCACGUCGGUGGAUAUUAUAGUGAAGGAAAAUAUUUGGAAAGCACCAGAACCUCUGGAGAUUGUAGAAAACUCGACUGAUCCUCACCCCAUCAAAGUCACUCAGGUGCGGUGGAAUGAGCUAGAUGCACAAUAUUCCUUAGUUGAAAAGGAGAAGCUGCCCAGAUUCCCAUUUUCAAUCAACCAGGAAGGAGAUAUUUAUGUGACUCAGCCCUUGGACCGAGAAGAAAAGGAUUCAUAUACUUUUUAUGCGGUUGCAAAGGAUGAGCAUGGAAAACCACUUGCAUUGCCACUGCAGAUUCAUGUGAAAGUUAAAGACAUUAAUGAUAAUCCACCUACAUGUCCAUCUUCUUUGACUGUAUUUGAGGUCCAGGAGAAUGAAAGAAUAGGAAGCAAUAUUGGGACUCUUACAGCCCAUGACAUGGAUGAAGAAAACUCUGUCAACAGUAUUUUAGUGUACAAAAUUGCAGAGCAAACCCCAAGAUUUCCUGAAGAAGGACUCUUCCUGGUCCAAACCUACUCGGGAAUAUUCCAAUUAGCUAAGCAUUCCUUGAGGAAGCAAGACACUCCAAAAUACCACUUGGUUGUGAACGUGUCUGACAAAGAUUUCACGACCCACUGUCACGUGCAAAUCAACGUUAUCGAUAUCAAUGAUCAGAUCCCGAUCUUUGAAAAAUCAGAUUAUGGAAACUUGACUCUCUCUGAAGACACGGCUGUCGGGUCUGUCAUCUUAACCAUCCAGGCCACUGAUGCUGAUGAGCCAAAUACUGGAAGCUCUAAAAUCCUGUACCGUAUUACAGAGGGAGACAGUGAGGGAUGCCUGGGGAUAGAAACAGAUCCCCAAACCAACGCUGGAUAUGUCAUGGUUAAAAAGCCUCUUGAUUUUGAAACAGCAGCUCUUCACAACAUUGUGCUCCAUGCGGAAAAUCCUGAGCCACUGGUGCCUGGUGUAAAGUACAAUGCCAGCUCUUUUGCCACGUUCACACUUACUAUAACAGAUGUGAAUGAAGCACCCCAAUUUACCCAACAUGUAUUUCAAGCACAAGUCAGUGAAGAUGUGGCUAUAGACACUAAAGUGGGCAACGUGACUGCCAAGGAUCCGGAAGGUCUUGACAUAAGUUACUCACUGAGAGGCAACAAGAGAAGCUGGCUUAAAAUUGACCCUGUCACUGGUGAGAUCUUUACCAUGGCUCCGCUGGACAGAGAAGCUGAAAGUCUGUAUCGGGUACAAGUGGUGGCAACCGAAGUAGGUGGAUCCUCCUUGAGCUCCAUAGCAGAUUUCCACCUGACUCUCACGGAUGUGAAUGACAACCCCCCUCGACUAGUCAAAGAGUACACAGGCUUGUUCCUCUGUUACCCACUCCAAGCACCCGGAAGUCUCAUUUUCGAGGCCACUGAUGAUGAUCAAGUGUCAUUUCGAGGUCUACAUUUUACAUUUUCCCUCGGCAGUGAAAGCUUACAAAAUGACUGGGAAGUGACCAAAAUCAAUGGAACUCAUGCCAGACUCUCCACCAAGCACACAAGCUUCGAGGAGGGAGUUCACUACAUCCCAAUCCACAUCAGUGAUGGUGGCCGCCCACCCUUGGAAGGGACUGUCUCUUUACCUGUUACUUUCUGCACAUGUGGGGAAGAAGGUUGUUUCCGGCCAGCAGGUCACAUGCCUGGGAUGCCCACUGUGGGCAUGGCGGUUGGUAUACUCCUGACCACUUUAUUAGUCAUUGGUAUAAUUUUAGCAGUGGUGUUUAUCCAGAUAAAGAAGAAUAAAGGCAAAGAUAAUGUUGAAAGUGCUCAGGCAUAUGAAGUGAAACCUCUGAGAAACUGAAUUUAAAAAGGAAUGUUUGAGUUUAUGUACCAAGUGCUAUUUCAGUAACAACCAUUCAGUCCCAUAACUUUACUUUUUAUCCAACAUGUGCACUGUAAUUUUUUUACAGGUAUACCCUCUUGCCCUUUAAUAUUUUAUUACUCUUUGAUAUUUCAUGUGCUAUAGACAUGAGAGAUGUUUUCCACUUUCCCAUGACACUCUUCCCUUCUGCAAAAGCCGUAGCUAUUUAUCCAAAACCAAAAAUGUAUGUGUUUUUCCCCCUCAAGGAAAGAUGGGCUGAUGAAAUAGUCUGUUCAAUUUUCUUCACCAAGGAGAUUUAUCAGUCACCCACCACAGAACUUUCUGGAUUCCACCUAUGCUUUUUCUGGUCCAUCCUGUGUCCCCUUCUUCACAUCUCCUUUGGCAUUUCACUAAUUUUAAAACAUCUGUUGGAGAAAAGAACAAAGCAAAGCCUCAGGAAAAAAUUAAAGAGGAGACGUGUCCCUUAGCUUGAACAGAAACUGUUCAGUGUUGUUAACCUUCUUGAGCUCAGUGUGGCUUAUGCAGGGCUUCUUUUGAGGUUUUUCCACUUGGGAAUGGCACAAGCCCCACACAGACCACACAGAAGCCCACUUCAUGAUCCUUGGUGUGGAAGCCAGCCACUGACAGGGCUUACUCACUCCCUACCGUGCUUGCAUGCUGCGCAUGUUUUCUUUGUGUGUAUAGUAAUAAAGUUUUGGUUAUUGUAUAUUUAAUGGUAGAGGAAAAUAAGGAAGCAUGAAAGAAGUGGGGACAAAAAUCCAAGAAUAAACGUUGGCUGUGGUUUUGUUUCUCGGA